AUGACGAAGAGGAUCCAGGGAAUUUGGCCACAAUGGUUAGAGGCUUUUGAAGAACUAGGAUCGAGGGUGAACUUACAUGGUCGGCGAAGGAAAAAGGUACAAGAAUUUCUAACCAUUUGCCAAACGCGAAAUCUAUCAUGACACACAAUAAUUUCCAUUUCCUUGAAGAACACUGUAUAAUAAGCAGUUCAUAAUCGCUAGGACACACAGCCUUCUCUUCACUGCGUAAGAAAGGGGAUGCGAAUUGUUGGCUUCUAAAACUGGAUAUGUUAUUCUUUAUUUUCCUCUUUCAAGUUCUAAAAAAUUCCUCGUAGAAGUCUGUCAUGAUUUUCUUUUGAAUUUCUCUUAUUUUUCAUGAGAGUUUUACAGUAUCGAUCCUGAGAAUGAAACAAGUUCCCAUAAUUAUAUUUUUUAUAGAUUUUGGUUUAUAUGGCUGGAAUGGGAGAGCACAAGUUUUUCUUGGACGGAGCUUUCAUGGGAGGGCCUCUUGGUGAACUGGCUCAGUGGUGUGACCUUAUAAGUGCCCUAUAUAUUUUAGGCCAUGAGCUUGUAAUCAGUUUUAUGAAAGAAGAAGUACCGAGGUGAGGAAAGUUUCCUUUCUUACAGGCCUCUGAUCAUACUUUCGGUUUAUAUUACGGUGGCAACCAAUAGAACGCGUAAAGCUGAGUCAUGCGCCCUUCACAAUUUAAAACUUUUAACAUACACUGCAGCACUUGAUUAACGGGCGAUGGGUGGUUUUUGACAGCCUAUUUUUACGGGCUAUGAAUCUGCUUUCUCCCAUGAAUUUCCCUACUCGAUUGUCAGCAUUCAACAAGAAUAAUCUUUUUUAGAUUUCAGGAUUGACAGGGUUGGCUUGCUUGCAGGAAUGCCAAGAAAGACCAGUUUGGGUUUCAUAAUCCAUUGCUGUUGUUGUUGUCGCUAUUUUUUUUUUUUGGGGGGAGGGGGGAGCGUAUAGGAUUUCUGUAAAACGUCGUUGAUGGUACAUAGACCUUUAAUUAAUAGCUUUCGGAAGACAAAAAUCAAACAGAUGGCUCAUGAAGCAAAUAGGGCACUUAUAUACCUCCAGAUUGAGAAGAUGAACUCGGAAAACGGUAAAUCUUUGGAAAAGUGCUACUCAGCUUCUCUCACACGUAAUUUAAACUUGCUCAUGCACAAAAAAAUUCUGAUAGUUACUGAAAUCGUUGUUUUGAUUCAGGUUCUUGGUUGUCCCGACCUCAGAUGGUUGUGCACGUCAAAAAAUGGACGAUGAAGUGGACCUCAUUUUCACCGACAUAAUGGGAGUGUUGAUCAUAUCUAUACACAGUGGACAGGAUUACUCGCGACACAAGUGCGUGAUUUCUCGACAGAAACGUGUUGAGGUUUUAUGCACAGUGACAAAGCGCUUGAAAAACCCAACACUGCGAUAAAACUAAGACAGCAACAACAAAGUGGACAUAUAGAUAGCUGGAUAGCUAGACAGUCUGACCGAACGAUCUGAGGAUGAAUAUUGAGACAGAUAGGCAGACAAACGGAGAGCUAGACAGACUGACAGGCAGAUAGACGGUAAGUCAGACAGCGAGAGAGACAGAUAGAGGAGAGAAAGGCCGAUAGACAGACAAAAAGAGAGAGACACCUAAAAAGACUGGAGACAAACAGAGAGAUGUCAAGCGAAAAGGGAGACAGACACAAAGAAGACAGACCGACAGAAUGACAGGCAGAGAGUCCGACAUUUAGCCAGAUACACAAUUAAGGUCCUCGUCCGUUGUUUAAAUCUGAGAUGAAGGGCAGGGAGAGGGCAAAAAAGGGCUCAGUCGUUUGUUUGUCACUUAGUAAAUACGAAUUUCGUCAUAAGAAAUCUUGGUCAAAUUAACGAAUAAAUAGAGGAGCAAGUUUCUAAAGAAACUGUGGGGCUGCGUCGGUGGGAGAGUAUAGGAGGUAAUUUAGUGUUAACAACUGAGUUGAAAAAGUAAAUUGGCCACCGUAAAGAGUAAAAAAGCUGACGUUUCGAGCGUUAGCCUUUCGUCCUUCGCCCUUCUCAUCGCUCUGACGAAGGACUAACGUUCGAACGUCACCGUUUUUACUCUUUACGGUCGCCAGUUCACGUUUUCAACUCAGGUGUUAGCACUAAAUUACCCAAAUUAAUGAAUAGAUGCCCAAUUCAGGUAAACUACAGUUGAUUGAAUUCUGUACCUUUCAUAUGUGAUUUUUUUUUUCGCUAAAAGAUGUCAUAACUCAGUUUUAAAGGAUGACGGGUUAACUUGCUUUUCGUUCUACAGGUGCAAAUUUCGUGUCUUAGAUUCAUUUGGUACGGACGCGGAAUUUAACUAUAAACGUUACAAGGGGGAAAUUCCUGGAGGGAGAUCUCCUUGGGGAGAUCUGGACCUUCACCUAGCGCAAUUUAUGACGAUGUACCGUGAGUAUCAAUUUAUUUAGAAUUUAAUUUUUUUUUAUAGUUAGGUCAUCAUAACUUAAGCUAUGCCCGCAGUAGAAGAAAAGUUAUCCUCAACACGAGGGAAACCAUAUCAUAGUGAUGACUUACACUGGCUGCAAAUAUAAUAAAAUUAGGCCAAAGAAGUUAAAUAACGCUUUGCAAGUUAGGAUCAGUUAAGUGACUCUGAUUCCGCACAGAUUUUCUAAAAAAAUAUCAGAGAAUUGCACCAGACAUCAUGCAUAUUUUUAAAUUAAAAGUCGGAAUACUCCUAAAUCUCACCCUUACCCAGUCCUGGUUGUCAAGGUGCAGACUUUUGGAAAGUAUUUAAAAAACACUGACAUCAAAAGAAUGGCCUUAUGAAAAUAACAAGGAAGUGUUAAUGAUUCGUGGAAAUUUUUAUGCCAACGGCGCUUGGGGGGUAAACGAAACUAUUGUGCAUUAUUGAGCUAUUCUAAACGAAAAAGGGAUUUAGUGAACAUAAAGCGUGAUGUAAACAGUUUGGUGAUGGAACUCGAGCAAAAUACCAUUUGAAAGUGAUGAGGAAAAUCCAAGGAGACUAAAGGAUGCAGGCUUAGGGAAGUGAAAAUUUACAUGGAUUGUAAAUGGUAAAUUUGGAAGACUCAGGCUUAAUUUUUCAAUCUGCAUAAACAAUGAUUUGCCUGUUCCUUUUUGUAGCGCAUAGCCCUGACAACUCCUUCCUUGGUUUCGCUGUUCCGCGAAAGUCUCGGGAAAACGUAGUUCAUUCAAAUGACCGAAUGGCAGCACUUGUUUAUGGGAAGGAUCCAGAGUUUUGGAAGGUUAGCAUACCUGAUGCACUAACAAGCAAAUUAAAAUGAUCUUAAUUUAAUAGUUGAAAAUGGUUCACCCUCAACAAUUGCCUGGACGACAAAUCGUUUAACGUCUUUGUUCGAACUAACAAAAAGGAAUUAUAUGAUAUACGUAAGAAAUGUAAUUACCAGAGAUUCAUAAAAAUUUUCAUUGAAGAGAACUAAAAUGAAAAUACUUGAAGUUCAGUUGGUAAACGACAUGACCUAGUUCUGUAGCGUCAUCCAGCCAAAUUGUUUUCCUAUCAGAGAACAAGAAGCAGUUAAGUAAACAGUCAAACAGGCUAGGUUAGAAAGCGUGCCUGUAAACCGAACGCUUGGUCAAAACUGUUUCACUUAUAAAUAAAAAGUUUAUUUUUUUGGCCUAAACAGCUACGCCAUACACUGUUAAUCACAUAAUAAUCAAUUAUUAAUCAACCGUCGAUCACCGUGUUCACCUGAAAAGGAACAACUAAUAUUAUUUAGUCAACGACGCAGUAGUGGUGACGAAUGUUUACAAGCUUGAAAACGUAGGGGUGAGGCGUAGAUCCCUCACGCAAACCGCGUGAGGCAUUGAUCCUUGAAAGUCCGAUGGCUUGCGCUGGCUGAUCUAUAUAAUGGUAAUAGCACCGAGUGGAGUCUAAUUUGGUCUGUAAUCAUAAGAGUGUUUAAAAAAAAUAGGACGAAUGUUAAGCGGGAUUGCGGUUUGUUGUUCCAAUUAAUCAAAACUAUAACAAAAUUUGAGAAAGAAACUAGAAAUCGGUUAUGCGUUUUCAUUUAAAAAAAACAUCAAUUAACUUUGCGAAAUACGAGACAAUAGCGCGCGCAGAUGACGCGUUCUGUCCUUUUACACAGGCAUGACGUGUGAACUGUUCCUUAAGUUGUCCUAUUACACUAUCCAAUUACAAACAUGACGCCUACACUGUCCUAUUAGUGCUUAAAUCGGGCUGGUGAUGACCAAUAGCGUUUGAGAAUUUUGUUAUAGUUUUGAUUACGCUUGAAAUCGGAUUUAUCCAUCAAAACUCUCAAUGGAUUCAAUCGGAGUGAUUCCACGAGUUCUUCGAGUCGUUACUCAUCGGUUUGAUUGACCUCGAUUAGUUUGAUUCACUAAAAAGUUUCUUUUUUCUUUGCAAACUUGUUUUCCAUUAGGACAGAGUAGGUUAACCAUUUAAGAAGUUCUUCUAAGACUUCUUCAAUACUCACGCCACGCCUCUCCUUUUACCAUCAGGGUCACGCUGAUUAUAUCGACACAGUGAAAAGAUAUUUUAACGAAGUUCACGCCACUUUGGGAAGAGCGAGUGUAAGUAAUAUGUAGAUCAAGAACUUAGAAAGUUUAAGCCGCAGCCGAUGUGGAUCGCAGGCGCCCCUAAACAUCCUUGGUAAGGAAGACGUCUGAGAACCUUGAGGUAGUUUCAGCGGUCAUUCACCCAAGUCGUGUUUGGUUUAAGUUUCGUAUCCAGCGAUUUAUCACACAGAAUACAGUGAAGCAUAUUUCUGUGAAUCCCAAAUCUUUUUUCGCCAUACGAUAGCUUUUAUGCAUGAUAACUCCAUUUACUUAAACUUGUUCCUUAGUCUUGUUUACACUAAACUUAUUUCGAACCUUCACCAACUUCUUGAUGUUUCUGAAUUGGAAAUUUAUAGAAUAAGUUCUCAUCAAAUUUUGCGACUCCGCGCCUUUAAAACGAAGCUUGGAGGAUAAAAUUGGAUAUACCGACUUUUAAAAACACCCAUUAGCCUUUGUUAAUCCGUUUAUCCUAUAUUUGCCCGUAAUUUAUUACAGGAGAAGCAGCGAGAGUUUGGUGUUCCUGAAUAUGUGAUCAACCAUGGGAUAAUUAAUAUUACAUCACUUGUGAAUCUGUUGCAAACUAGUAAGGUAGGUGUUUUAAAUAUGUAGAGCUAAUAUGAAAGAUGUACUGCAAGACUUCUCCCAUGCAUCCUUAACCCUUCAAUAAGAGCAAAAUGUGAUCAACUAAAAUUAAUUUUUCCGGUUUUGGCCUUUAUAUAGAUCGCUUGCUUAGUCUUUCUUUUUCAAUGUUUUUUUUGGUCUUAACCGACAUAAAUGAUAAAGAAAAAAAAAAGAAUUUUCUCGGGUUUUCAUAUUAGUUUAUUUUGCUUCUUUAUCUCGUCAUUACGUCUCUUCAGGUUGGAAAAUUAUCUUUAGCGGUUCUACAGCUAUUUAUUGACAAGAACAUAUCAACUGUUGAUAUUCUCUUGAUUAAUUAUAGCGAAUUAUAGUUCAAUACAAUUUUCGCAAAAAAGGACUAACAAAGCCUUUGAGAUUUCUCUUACUCCGACCAAAUUGUAAUAUUUUUUAAUACAUAGCUGUAUUUUUCCUCUUAGGUAUUUGUAGGUCUUGGUCAACCUUUCGAAGGACCAGCAGCCCUUGAAGCCUUGGCUAAUGGAUGUUUCUUCCUUAAUCCCAAGGUAAUGCGCAUGACUAUGUUGCUUGAAGGUGAGAGUAGAACAGAAUAUUUCGCUCAAGCCGAAAAAGGUAAAAAAUAUAAAUGAAAUUAUGAUUGCUAUGUCGCACCUUUGUAUAGCACGUGAAUGACAUUGCCUCCUAAAGUAUUCAUUCCUCAAUUUCCUUUGUUAGAUCAUCAUUCUCGAAAAUAUUUUACUAGUCCUGUGUUCAGAUAAAGUUCACACUGCAAGUCUAGGUUCGAAGCCACUUACCUUUGUGAACAGACCCAUGAACCACAGGUUUCAGGGCAAAAUUUCGCAGAAUUAUGAUCGUGUUUUCAAUCUUAAUUUAAUUAUUUGUUAAUUCACUUAUUAUUGUUUCAUCAACAGUAUAUCCCGCCGCUGGACCGAACAAACGCAGGCUUUUUUGCUGGUAAACCGCUAAAUAGAAAGGUAAUUCAGAAAUUCACAGGUAGUUCGCAUAUAUCUUUUUAAGCUUUAUAUCACCCAGAAUGAGGCGACCCAUAUGGGACUCUUUUUAGCAGCCUGCAGGAAAAUUGAAAUCCAUUGUGGGUAUUUAAGCUCGUACAAGAGAGAUAAUGGCCUCAAACCAACUGCCAGCAUGCACGUCGGGUGAUAUUGCGGGCUCGCAACGUUGACUGAUUAUUUGAGAAUUGAAAAACACUCUGCAACAGGAACAUCUCUGUCAAACUUUGCCCGGGAAGUUUUUUACAUCACACACGUUUUUGACUGCGUAAUUGUAUCUGGAAAAAAUCUGCUCUUUAAACAUCAGUCGUGAGACAAUUAAUUCCUGCUUAUUUCAUUCUAUUGCAUUUUAGAUAACUUCUCAAAAUCCUUACGCCGAAGUAUUCGUUGGUGAACCUUUCGUACAAACCGUGAACAUCAAUAACUUGACUGAAGUUGAAGAAGCUCUCCGAGAAAUUAUCAGCACAAAGGUAAAUAUUCUACUUUCGAUUUCUUUACGGAGGGAAUAACGUAUGGGGUGGUUUAAGUUUGAAGUUAGAAUUUAUUAGAAAAUAUUCAAUUCCUAUAUCAUUGCAAAAUGACGUUUUAAUUUUAAGAAUCUGAGGAAAGUUAUUCAACAGAUAUUGGGGUUUGGAAGGAACAAGAGGUCUAUUCAAGAAACGAAAAAACUGAUCCCCAAAUAUGUUUUGGCCACUAUGGCCUGAUAUACUGCAUAGCCUAUUACUUUUGUCUUGACGCUGAAGAAAAGCUGGUGUCAAUCACCCUGAACAUAUGUUUGGAAUGAAAGAAGUUAACACGAACAUCACUAGUUGGGUAUGAUGUAAACAGGAAUAUAUAGGACAUGGUUUGAUGCUACUCUGAUUAAAGAUUCAAUGAAAGAAACCGAGAAGUUACAGUUCUCGGUUACUUUCAUUAAAUCUUUAAACCAGAGUAGCAUCAAACCAUGUCUGAUUGUCCACCUGGUUGCCAUGUGGACUUUAGCAAUGAAUUAAUCCAUUUUUUUUUUAUUUUAUGUUAGGAAGAGCCUCACUUACCUUACGAAUUUACUCAUGUUGGUAUGUUAGAGAGAGUAAAUGCAUAUGUGGAAAAUCAGGUAAUACUACGUCAUUUGAUCUGAUUGACCUUGACGAUACGAAAAAUUUCCACCAUGUAUGACUGAAGGAUAUGAAUCUCACAGUAUUGAGCAAACCAUUUACCUGUUGUUCCAGGAUUUUUGCAAGCCGACGAACUGGCCACCUCUGAGUGAAUUAAGGACUCUCGUGGGAGGAGAGGGCGAGUCCUGCAUAGCGACCUGCCUUAGAAAACAACUGAUCUGUGAACCGAAGUUCUUCGUGUCUUUAAACGUGGAGGAAGCCUUUGAAAGGUGGGAUUUGAUACCGCAUCAAGAGAUAUCAUGUUUGGCUCACUUUCUUCGUGUCUUUUGUGUCGGCAAUAUCUCUUUGAAUUUAAUAUACGCGUCUUCAUUGAAUGAAAUUUUGUGAUAAUAAUUUGCAGUUUUGAUUAUUCUUAGUUCCGGAUUUGAGUGUAAAUCAACGUUUUUCCACGAGAGCAUCUUGGCCCCGUCAAUAAACACAACAGACAGCAUCUGUGUGCUACAGACUCAGCCAAUGUUGUUCAGCUGCCGAGCAGCCUUGCCUGGUGUUGUUCGUAUUUGCCCAUGCCGCUCAUAUCGCAAAGAACAAGUUGCACUAUGCGAAACGUGCUGAAGAAACAAUCUACAUCAUUGGAUGUUAAAACUGCCGAGCUCGUUGAUAAGCAACGAUCUAAACUGCGAUGCUAUAACGAAAGAAGACUGUCCGCGACAUCACGAUAGUGUUACACCAAGACACGAUCCUUACAAUACUGAACACAGGUUAUUCACUCUCCACUGAAGCCUUGGAGCCUUGAUGGCAAAAACAGCAAAAUGAUCAAAAG